CACUAUAAUUCCCUGGGAUUCUCCCCAAACAUGCAGUAUAAUGAACAACACCUGUGCAUGUUUGGGGAGAGUCCCAGGGAAUGGCCUGAGAUAGAUUGGGGAGAAUCCCAGGGGAUGGCCAGAGAUAGAUUGGGGAGAGUCCCAGGGGGUGGCCUGAGAUUUACAUGAAUGCAGCAUGCCUAUAAAAAGAAUCAGCAAACUCAUUUGAGCUAAACUAUAGGUCAAGUGAAGUUGAUGCUCAUUGCAUAAGACUCAACACCAGAAUUAAAGGUCGCUUCAACAACUUCUUCUGUGACCAGUUGCUUCUGCUAUCUUUUGUGAUGGCUAAGAAGAGACCACGUGAAGUUACAGAUUUUGAUGCGAUUGGAGAUGAAUUGAUCCCGAGUGCAACAGUUCGUUGUGUUUUAACUUCUCUGUCACCCAUCAAGAAAGGAAGAAAGUGCAAGUAUUUUGAUGGCAGCGCUACAGAUGGAAAAACAAGACGUCGACUUUUGUCGUUUUCAGAGAGUCAGCUGGAGUUGUUGCAGAAGUUCAAAAGAGCCAAAGAGACGGUAGAGCUCAGAGACUGUCAAGUGAAGCGAGGAAUAAGAGGAGACCAGAUGGAAAUUGUGCUGAAGUCAAACACUGAAAUCGCGCGUUGCUCAAAACAGCUGGACAGCAGCAACAUUGACUUUGAUGAUGGUGUCGUUCCCGAAGUACCUGUUUCGGCCUUUGAAGGAAAAUGUGUUUAUGAUGUGGUGAGUGUUCGUGCGAAAGUGCACACAGUCUAUGAACGAGAGAUUCUUGAUGACGGUAAAGUCAAGCAAGAUAUUUGUAUUUCUGACGCCAGUGGUGCUGGAAGAGUGACGGUGUGGGGAUCUCAUGUUGGAACAAUGGCCGUAGGAGACAGCUAUUUGCUUUCAGGUUUCAUUGUCAAAGAGUUCCGUGGAAACAAGUAUCUCAGCAUGCGUAAAGAAGGAUCGAACAUAGAGAAAAUUGAUGAUGUUGGAGCAGUGAUGAACGUUGAUGAAACCAAUGUUAACAUAGGUGGAUCAAUAAGGAAUGCUAGAAUUGUUUGUGUGAUGGAGUUUGUAUCUAGGAAGGUGUGUAUUGUCUGCUAUAGUUAUGUUGAACCUGGUCCUGGUAGUCCACCAGUUCAUGGACGCUGUUUGACUUGCAAUGUGGCUCAGCGGUAUGAUUGUUGUUCUAGUUCUCUGUUUGCGAAGCUGAUGUUUAAAGUUGAUGGAGGAGAAUGCGUUACUCUCAAUGCUAAUGCUUACAUCCUGCGGAGUCUUCUUGGAAUAUCAGAGAAAGAUGUUGCAGACGAGCUGUCGAUACUGAGUGUUCCAAAAUUUGAAUCGGUUUCGUUCAAUGGACAGGAUACAAUGACAGAUUUUAAGUUUGAAUCUGAAACUGAAGAAGCAGAAGUGAAACAAAAGACAUCUGUAUAAACGUUCGAAUUAGAUCUAUAGUGACUGAAUUGUUUUAAGUACCGUGCAUGUGCCAUAAUAAUUAUGUAUGCAUGGCCGUACAGAUAUAAUUAUUGUAGCUGCAUGUUUGUGUUUCGUUGUACUUAACGUGGAUUUCUAUAUACUUAAAAUUG